GAGAGAGAGGUACAAAUAUAAUAGGCAGCCACAGAGGGCAAGAGAUAAAGACCGCGAGAUAUUCCCAACAUCAAGUCUUCCAGCAAUCCCUCGCAUCUGUUUCUAAUGGACUUUGGACGUAAAACUCUGUUAUAGGUGGGAGCUGAGGGAGCAUCGCCCUCGCUCAGUCCACCCUCCGCUUCCAGGAGACUGCCUGCCGUUUUCAAAACACUCCCGACCGGAGCAACAACAUGGAAUUAGGCACUUUCUUCCUUCUGUACUUGCCUUCAAUACUUGGCAAGCUGGAAUCUGCGGAGCUGACAGAUUUCACUUACCAACUACCGAUUGGAAGCACAGUCGGCGUGAACCCGAAAGGCCAGCGCUGGAGACGAAGUUCUCCUGUCAAUAUCGACUCCAUAAAAACGUUGGAGACUGAAGGAGACCGCUUGAGCCUAGAUUUAGAAGGGGCCAGUCUCGCCAUCGACACCCUGCCCGACAAUGGAACCCAAAUUGUGGAAGACCACCAUAACUACUACAUAUCCAGAAGCUAUGGGCCAAAUGACUCCAGAACAAAGGAACUCUGGGUCGACUUUGCGAAGGUGGACAAGAGCAAAGUGAGGGUCCAUGGAAUUCUCUCAAACACACACCGACAAGCUUCAAGAGUGAUUUUGUCCUUCGAUUUCCCUUUCUAUGGCCAUUAUUUGCGCCAGAUCACCAUAGCAACAGGAGGUUUUAUAUUCACCGGGGAGGUUAUCCACAGGAUGCUGACUGCAACUCAGUACAUAGCCCCACUCAUGGCAAACUUCGAUCCCAGUUACUCCAGGAAUUCUACCAUCAGAUACUUCGAUAAUGGGACUGCGUUUGUCGUCCAGUGGGAUAAAGUCUUCCUGCCAGACCGGGAGGAUAUUGGAAGUUUCACCUUUCAGGCCAUGUUGUGUCAAGAAGGACGGAUUGUGUUCAGCUACAAGGAUGUUCCAAUAACUGUGACUCAGAUAAAUUCUGCAGAGCACCCUGUUAAAGUUGGGCUAUCUGAUGCCUUCAUGAUAGAUCACAAAGCACCACAUGUUCCUGAUGGUCAAAGAAGAAUGAUUUAUGAAUAUCACAGGGUGGAAAUAGACAUGACAAAGAUCAGCAACAGCUCAGCUUUGGAGUUCACCCCUGUUUCCAUGUGUCUGCAGCACCUGAGUUGUAAUGCAUGUGUCAACGCUGAGGUUCGAUUCAACUGCAGCUGGUGUGCUGUUCUUCAGAGAUGUUCCAAUGGGUUUGACCGUCAUCGACAGGAAUGGCUGGACUAUCACUGCAUGGAGGAGCACAGCGGUGAGCUCUGCGAGGACCAUCCUGAAUAUUUCCCUGAUAUCUCCUCCACAGCAGUCUCUGUAAAUUCAUUGGAAAGUGAAGUUACCACCACCACAUCAGUGCUACUCUCAAGCAGUCUCACUACAGAAGAUGAUACGAAACUCAUUUUUCAUCUGAAGGAUGACGAUAUCACAGAUGACAGUCCCUCGGAUAAGAAAGGUCCGCUGCACACCGGUGUGGUAGUGGGCAUUGUGCUGGCAGUUAUUGUCAUCGCUGUCAUUAUUCUGGGCAUCAUCUACAUUAGCAGUCAUCCCCUGUCUCCCGCUGCCUUAUUUUUUAUUGAGCGCCGGUCCCAUAGAUGGCCAGCAAUGAAGUUCAGAAACAACACUGGACAUCCUACCUAUACCGAGGUGGAGCCAAUGGGCCACGACAAAGAGGGAUUCCUAGAAGCUGAACAGUGCUGAAAUCCAUGUGGGAUCAAACCUUUGGCUGGACAAAAAUGCCAUGGAUUUCCAAACCAUGACAUACAGAGCUGUGCCCUACUCAUUUCUCAGCUACUGUCUGUGGAGGAUUACCUUGCAAACCAGCCCCACACCAAUGAUGGAAACUUGUCACACUGUUAACAGGCAAUUGUAUCCAUGUCAGCAAGAGACAUUUAUUAUAGUAUAUAUGAAGAAUAAGUUACAACUGAGUAUAUGUACAUUUAUUUCUUUGAGAAUCAGUUGUGUUCAGAUCCACAUAUAUAUAUAUUAUAUAUAAGACUUACCAGGGUAUAGGUGGACCUUAUACAAUGGAGCAUCUUCAUCCACUUUGCUGGGGAAGUGGGUGGAAUUUUAAUUUGAUUUGUAUAAUUUAUAUAGUACAGUGAAUACACCUUGUGCCUCAUCUCUCCCUCCCCACCCAGCAACACAGGCUGUGCGCUGUUCUGAUGCAGGUAAUUUGACAAACAAUUCACACACGUGGCAUGACCAGUGCCAACCAGCUCCCCCCACCCAUGCCGCUGAAAGUAACACCUCACACUGGGCUGCAGUGCCCCAUCAGUGCUUGUGUUUGAUGUGUGUGCUUCAUGGGUCUGAGGGGUAUUCAACAAUAUGUUGGCAGGAACGCAGUUGAAACCAUUCUAUUCUUGCUCAACAGUCACACAUGCACAGGCACACUAACAUGUACACACACACACACACAUACACAAAUGCACACAAACACACACACACACAAGCACGCACACACACACAAACUCUC